GGUAUAAAAAGCACUAGAAUUAUAUAAAAAACAUAUUUACUCACUAGCUCAACCCUCAGCAAGUAAACUCUGGUAAAAUGGUCGCGAAGUCGGUUCUUUUCUUUUGUGCUCAAGCACUCCUAGUCCAGUACAUCUCUGCUCAAUGCAUCGGCAACGCCUACAACGGUUUAGCUGCCCCCUGGGGUGCCGCUCCCUACCCCGGCGCAUGGAACGGCUUACCAUACGCUGAAGCUCCCUUAGCCGCCCCUUGCGCCGCUGCCUUCGCGCCCGCCGCUUCCAACGGAGGAGGCUUCCAGAUCACCAGCGCUUCUCCCAUCGCGGUCACUGGGCUGUCUCUGACGUCUGACAAUGCGUACGAGGGCCCGCUGUCUGUGACUGGUGCUAUGCCGUUCUUGGGAGCUGUCGCUCUUGAAGGUGCUCUGCCUACCGCUGGUUCUGGAGCCAUCACUUACGGCUGCGGCAGCGGAAACGUGGCCAUGCUGAGCGAGGGUGUCAACGCUGGGCCUUUCGGUUACGGCGCUGGGGUCGCGGGAGAGCUGGGCUACGGGUACGCUCCUCUGGGCUAUGAAGCCGGUAUCGCCGGACCUGGAUACGGAUACGGCUAUAACAGAGGUUGCGGAUGUGGUGCUUUGUAAUAAUUCGUAGUUUUAUAAAGAAUUAAUUGUUUUGAUUUUAUAAUAAGAGGUGAAAUAAAAUUAUCUUAUACAAAUAUA